AUGCGCGGCUGGCUAGAUGAUGUGCGCUCCUACGUUCCCCCGGUACAAAUCGGCGAAGUGAUGCGCGCCUUCUGCAUUUGCCGCGUCCUUGCCUCUCGGUCUCCCAAGGCCGCCGCAGGUGACGUGGUAACCGCCAUGAACGGGAUCCGCGAAAUCGGCAUUCUGAGCGACAAGCACGUCGAAAAGCCGGCGUUUUUGCCUCCUGGCGGAAAGACGACAGACCUGCUGGGUGUGCUGGGCAUGACGGGCCUGACGGCUUACUUCGGCAUGAUGAAGAUUGGCAACGUCAAGAAGGGGGACACGGUGGUGGUAUCGGCGGCGGCGGGCGCGACGGGCAGCGUGGCGGUGCAGAUUGCGAGGAUCCAGGGCGCCAAGAGGGUGAUUGGCACGGCGGGCAGCGACGAGAAGUGCCGGUGGCUGGUGGAGGAGGGCGGGGUGGAUAUUGCGCUCAACUAUCGCGAUCCGGAGUUUCGGAGGAAGUUCAAGGAGGCGACUCCCGAGUUUGUGGAUGUCUACUUUGAUAACGUCGGCGGCGAGCAGCUCGAUAUGGCGCUGGCGAGAGCCAGCAGGGGCGCGAGGUUCGUCAUGUGCGGUGGGAUUAGCCAGUAUAAUGCUGAGCACAAGCAGGGGCCCAAGAACAUCGCGAACGUCAUCACCAUGAGGAUCAGGAUGGAAGGCUUCAUCGUCUUCGACUACGCAGACGAGUACCCGACCGCUCUCGGCCAGCUCGCCCAGUGGCUGGCUGAAGGUAAGCUGAAGAGGAAGGAGACCAUCCUCAAGGGAGGCAUCAGAGUGGCGGAUGAAGGCAUGGUCAAUCUUUACAAGGGUGGUAACAUCGGUAAAUUGUUGGUCGAGGUCAAGAACCCCGACGACGAGCGCCAAUCGAAGCUUUAG